UGCCAUAGAUUCAAUUUCUCAUUAAACAAUUCCACAAGCUCUCAACCUAAACACAACCCACACAACAAGCGCAACCGACAAGGUUCCAUUUGGAUUUGGUAAUUGGGUUACCUUUGAAAACAAGCUUUCUUACUCACUCCACUCACUCACUCACUCCAAGUCCAAACAAAUCUACUAAUAAUUCACUCUCUGAUCUGAAACUUGUUUCUGAGAUGGGUUCUGUUUCUCUGAAGAUAGGAGAUGGAACCGCAAGAUUCCAGAGAGCAACACUGUGUUCUUCAGCAGUUAACAUUCUCAUGAUAUUUUCUGUUAUCACCACCAACCUCUUCGCCCUCUACGCCUUCACUUCCCCAAAACAGCCCCAUCACUUGCUCCACCACCAUGCCCACAAGAACAUUUCCCUCAUCUCUGAACAAGUCUCACUCAUCCUCAGAGAGAUCGACUUGUCCCAAAAGAAACUUGCCCAGAUGGAGAAAGAGCUUCUGGGCUACGAAAGCCUCGAUCUUUCGAGGCCCAACAUUGCCACAGAGCUCAAACUCUUCCUAACCCGCCACCAGCUCCCUCUGGGUAAGGACUCAAGAACCGGGAUCACUGAGAUGGUGCCUUCUGUGGGCCACACGUGCGAGAAAAAUUCAGACUUGCUGUCCCAGUUCAUGAGUUACAAGGCUUUUGGGCCUUGCCCUGAUGAUUGGAGUGUGGCCCAGAAGCUGAUCCUAAGAGGGUGUGAGCCCUUGCCUAGGAGGAGGUGCUUUGCCAAGACUAUUCCAAAAUCAGGUUUGUUCCCCUUUCCUGAUUCUCUUUGGAAGCCUGUUGGUAACAAGACUGUUAAUUGGAGUGGCCUUGGUUGCAAGAAUUUUGAGUGUUUGAAUGGUCGGAAGUUGAGUAGGGAAUGCAUUGGUUGCUUUGAUUUGGUCCAUGGGAAUGAGAAUGUUAGGUUUGUUAGAGCUAAGAGUAAGAAUGAUUUUGUUGUUGAUGAUGUUUUGGCCUUGGGUGGUGGAGGGGUUAGGAUAGGGCUUGACAUUGGUGGAGGGUCUGGAUCCUUUGCUGCUAGAAUGGCUGAGAGGAAUGUCACUGUGGUUACUAGUACUCUCAAUGUUGAUGCCCCCUUCAGUGAGUUCAUUGCUGCAAGGGGGCUUUUCCCUCUCUACUUGAGCUUGGAUCAUAGGUUCCCUUUCUUUGAUAAUGUGUUUGACUUGGUACAUGCUUCAAGUGGCUUGGAUGUUGGAGGGAAGAUUGAGAAGUUGGAGUUUUUGAUGUUUGAUGUUGAUAGGGUCUUGAGGGCUGGUGGCUUGUUUUGGCUGGAUAACUUCUUCUGUGCCAAUGAGGCGAAGAAACAAGCUUUGACUCGGUUGAUCGAACGAUUCGGAUAUAAGAAGUUGAAAUGGGUUGUGGGGGAGAAGGUUGAUAGUGUUGGCUCUGGCAAACCUGAAGUUGUGUUGUCUGCUGUUCUUCAGAAACCUAUUAGAGCAUAGGGGCUUGGCUUAUACAAUAAACUGCAAGAAGGAAGAAUAAUCUUGGUUCUGCUAUAUUAUAUCUCUUUCAGUUUCGCACACAAUUUGUGUGAAUGAAUUGCUUCUGGCUUCAUCAUCAAACCCGAUUAGACCUGGAAUAAGUAGAAGAAUUGUUUCCUUACCAAUUGUAAACCAGCUUUUUGAGGUGACAUAUAUUCUGUAUUUUAUUUUAAGUUCUGUUUUAUUGUAUUUCAUUCAGUAUUUCUGUAUUAGCUGUUUUGUAAUUGAUAAGUUAUUAGAAAGAUGAUAAACGAAUUACAACCUAUAAUUGUAAGGCUAUAAUUUUACUUUAUUGACUGUGAUGGAUCCAGUCAAUGAUUAAUUGGUA